UUAACACAAGCAAGCAUGGCUGCUACGUCUCCGCCAGACGCGUUCGCCCUCUGUGACGAUCUCUUAUGGGAUCCUGCUGUCUCGGUGAACACAACGGACCCCGACCUGACACAAUGUUUCCAGAGAACCGUCCUUCUGUGGGUGCCGUGUGGCUUCUUGAUGUUCAUUGCCCCUUACAGGAUCCUGUCCCUCAGGAACAGCAGCAAAGGCGCCAUAUCAUGGUGGGCCUACAACAUUGCCAAAAUUGUACUGGCCGUCUUGAUUGGAGUCGUGGCUUUGGCGGACAUUUUCCGCAGUGUUCACGAGAUGGCGGAGGGGAAAUCGGUUGCCCCAGUAUUCUUCAUAUCUCCUCUUAUAUUAUUUAUAACAAUGGUAUUGUUUUGCUUUCUAGUCCACUUUGAAAGAAAGAAAGGAAUACGAACGUCAGGGUUUCUGUUCAACUUCUGGCUGCUUCUUCUUCUGGCAGCCAUCUUGACGUAUCAGUCAAAUAUCAGACGUGCAGUUAGUCAGGGUAUAGAAGAUAUGUUCCGGUUUGUGACGUAUAAGAUCUACUUCCCUCUGGUGAUAGCCCAGCUGAUACUUGCAGCUUGUGUAGACAGACUGCCGGCUGGUACCGAGGCCACAAAGCAGACGAACCCAUGCCCCGAGAUGAACGUGUCGUUCCUGUCCCAGAUCACCUUCUGGUGGUUCACAGGGCUGGUGAUCAAGGGGUACAAGCGGGCGCUGGAGAGGAAGGACCUAUGGGAUCUCAAUGAUGUGGACACGUCGUCCACUGUCCUCCCCAAGUUCCAGCAGUAUUGGGAGAAGGAGGUGGCCAGGGCAAAGGAACAUAAUGCACGACUCAUCAGACCUGUGAAUGGUUUGAAAACUCGAUACCAAGAUGGUGAAGUGUACACGGAGGUCAACCCUGAUGUCAAGGUCACAGAUGGAAGCAAUAAAGUCAAGAAACCGAGAUUACUACGAUGUUUAGUGAAGAACUUUUUUGGGUUCUUCCUGAUGGCAGCCGGGUACAAACUCAUCCAUGACAUGCUUCUGUUUGUCAGCCCACAGCUGCUCAAACUCCUUAUCAACUUCACCAAGAACAAGGAUGAGAUGUUGUGGAGAGGCUACCUGUAUUCAGUGAUUCUGGUGUUGGUGGCUGUAGUACAGUCCCUCAUCCUCCAUCAGUAUUUUCAUGGCUGCCUCGUCCUGGGUAUGAGGCUCAGGACCGUCAUCAUCGCUGCAGUAUACAGGAAGACGUUGAAAUUGUCCAAUUCUGCAAGGAAGACGUCAACGGUUGGUGAAAUCACUAACCUAAUGUCUGUGGAUGCUCAGCGGUUCAUGGACUUAACGACAUACUUCCACAUGAUCUGGUCCGGACCCUUCCAGAUCUCAGUGUCCCUCUACUUCCUGUGGCAGACCCUGGGGCCAUCCAUCAUGGCCGGUGUGGGCGUCAUGGUCCUCCUCAUCCCUAUCAACGCUUUCAUCGCCAACAAGACCAAGAACCUUCAGGUUCAGCAGAUGGCAUUGAAAGACAGGCGGAUCAAACUGAUGAAUGAAGUCCUGAAUGGAAUGAAGGUACUGAAGCUGUAUGCAUGGGAGCCAUCGUUCCAGAAGAAGAUCCUGGAAAUCCGGAGCAAGGAGCUGGAGGUGCUGAAGAAGUCGUCCUACCUGCAGGCAUUGUCUUCCUUCACAUGGACCACAGCACCCUUCAUGGUUUCCCUGACAACGUUUGCUGUGUAUGUGAUGUCAGACUCCAACAACGUCCUGGAUGCGGAGAAGGCCUUUGUGGCACUGUCACUGUUCAACAUCCUCCGCUUUCCUCUCUCCAUGUUGCCCCAGGUCAUCACCAACUUCGUCCAGGCCAGUGUGUCACUGAAGAGGUUGCAGAACUUCCUGCAGCUGGAGGAGCUGGACCCAUCAGCAGUGCAGCACAAUCCCCCAGACAAGCUGGCUGUGAGUAUUGACCAAGGGAUGUUCACCUGGGACCCAGAUGGUGCUACUACCCUCAAAGAAAUCAACCUGUCUGUGGAGAAGGGGUCCCUGGUGGCUGUGGUCGGGGCAGUGGGGACAGGAAAAUCCUCCCUGCUGUCUGCUCUCCUUGGUGAGAUGGACAAGAUAUCAGGCACAGUCAAUGUCAAGGGCAGUGUUGCCUAUGUAUCCCAGCAACCCUGGAUACAGAACGCUACUCUCAAGGACAACGUCGUGUUUGGGGAGUCCGUUGAUGAGGCAGCGUAUAGAAAGGUGGUUGGAGCGUGUGCCCUGGACCCGGACAUAGACAUGCUGCCUGCUGGAGACCAAACAGAGAUCGGGGAGAAGGGCAUCAACCUGAGUGGUGGACAGAAGCAGCGAGUGGCUAUAGCUCGGGCCGUGUACCAGAACACUGAUGUGUACCUGCUGGAUGACCCCCUCAGCGCCGUUGACUCCCAUGUUGGCAAACACAUCUUCGACCAGGUCAUAGGCCCAGAUGGAAUGCUCUCUGGAAAGACCAGAAUUCUGGUAACCCACGGCAUCAGCUACCUGCCGAAGAUGGACAAGAUCGUGGUUCUGGUUGAUGGGAAGGUGUCUGAGGUUGGGUCCUUCGGGGAGCUCAUGGACCAUGCAGGUGCGUUUGCUGAGUUCCUCAAGAACUACCUGCUUGACGAGCUGGUGGGUGAUGACAAAGUGGAGGAACUCGGGGAGAUUGAAGAUGUGAGUUUUCGAGAAGAGAUCUUGUCUCAGCUUGGUUCAGUACUGGAAGACACAAAGGAUCUUCAGAGACAAGUUUCAAAGAUAUCGGAGCGUAUUCGCACAGACUCUGAUCACAUGCAUGGCAGUAGCCACACGCUCAACUCCACUCAUGAUACCAAACAGAAGUCAGACCACACUCUUGCUGCUAACAGCAAGGUCAAGGUCAAUGAGACAGCAGCAGACGACAAGAAACCGGAAGAUAAACUCAUACAGGCAGAGGGAGUGGAGACAGGCAGGGUGAAGUUACGCGUGUUUAUAGCCUACAUCAAGGCUGUUGGGCCCGUCCUGUCAGCUGUCAUCCUUCUCUUCUACCUCCUGUACAACGCCGCCAACAUUGGCUCUAACGUCUGGCUCAGUGACUGGAGCAAUGAUGCCCAAAAGUACAACCACACUGACACCGCCCAGCGGGACAUGCGGCUUGGCGUGUAUGGAGCUCUAGGAUUUUCUCAAGGGCUGCUGAUAAUGGCAUGUGCGCUGGCGACUCAGAUUUCGGGAAUUGCUGCCUCUCGGAAUCUACAUCAUGAUGUCAUCGUGUCUCUGCUCAACACCCCACUCUCAUACUUUGACCAGACACCAACUGGCCGAAUCAUGAACAGAUGUUCUGAUGACAUUGCUGAACUUGACCUUGUAUUGCCCUUCACAAUAAGGUCAAUGUUGAAUGUCAUUUUGGGUGCUGUAGGAUCAUCUGUCAUCAUCUUGUACACGACACCCCUUGUGGCUGUUGCCAUCCCCGUUGUUGUCAUUGUCUAUGUUCCCAUCCAGAGAUUUUAUGUGGCGUCAUCCCGGCAACUGAAGCGUUUAGAGUCAGUGAGCCGUUCCCCCAUAUACUCUCACUUCGGUGAGACGAUCACUGGAGCUGUGACUAUCCGAGCCUUUGGACAACAGAGUCGCUUCAUGGACGAAUCUCAGAAUAAGGUGGACGAGAACCAGAUUUCCUAUUACCCAAGUAUUGUCUCCAACAGGUGGCUUGCGAUUCGUCUGGAGUUUGUCGGAAACUGCAUUAUCUUUUUUGCGUCGCUGUUUGCUGUUCUGGGUCGUGACAGUCUGAACCCGGGCAUUGUAGGACUGUCCAUCUCGUAUGCCAUGAAUGUGACACAGACCCUCAACUGGAUGGUUAGGAUGACUUGCGAGCUGGAGACCAAUAUUGUCGCUGUUGAAAGAAUCAAAGAGUACACAGAGACUCCCACUGAGGCUCCAUGGGAGAUAGAGGGCAAGAAGCCAGACACUGAUUGGCCAGCCGCUGGUAAGGUGACCUUUGACAACUACCAGACACGCUACAGAGACGGCCUUGACCUUGUCUUGAAGGGAAUUGACUGCAGUGUUAACAGUGGGGAGAAGGUUGGCAUUGUGGGUAGAACAGGGGCAGGGAAGUCUUCCUUGACGCUUGCAUUGUUUCGUAUCAUUGAGUCUGCCGGUGGCAGUAUCACCAUCGAUGGUGUUGAGAUUUCCAAGAUUGGCCUACAUGAUCUCCGAUCAAAACUGACCAUUAUUCCUCAGGAUCCUGUCUUGUUUUCUGGGUCACUCCGCAUGAACCUUGACCCCUUCGACCAGUUCAAGGACGAGGAUGUGUGGCGGGCCCUGGAACAUGCACAUCUUAAGAACUAUGUCACCUCACUUCCAGAGCAGCUUCAGUACGAGUGUACCGAGGGAGGGGAAAACCUCAGUGUUGGACAGCGACAGUUGGUGUGUCUGGCCAGAGCGCUGUCGAAGACCAAGAUCCUCAUCCUGGACGAGGCCACAGCCGCUGUGGAUCUAGAGACUGAUGAUCUGAUCCAAGCAACGAUACGCACAGAGUUUGCCGAGUGUACUGUCCUGACGAUCGCCCACAGGCUCAACACCAUCAUGGACUAUUCUAAAAUCAUGGUUCUGGAUGCCGGAAAGAUCCGAGAGUACGACAACCCCCAGGUCCUUCUGCAAGACACAGAGUCUAUCUUUUACGGAAUGGCUAAAGAUGCAGGUCUGGUUUGAUGAGGAAGCUGAUUAUCUGUCAGACUGGUUCACAGAUAUGCCAGUGGGGAGGUCUUGAUCUGUGGAAGGUGAAGAUGCUGCAGACGACUUCCAAGUGGCCAGGCUGGUCCUGUACAUUGGAUUCAAUAAACACUAAAUAGGAAUUCCCUGAACGGAUAUCACCAGCCUUUGUUUUCUGCCAUGGUUUUGAUUGGUUGGGAUGACCUACGUUUCCUAACUGGUGUUUUGUAUGAAUAGAACUACAAGUAUUUUAACUUGUACAUUGAGUGAGUUGGCUGCCUCCUUUGUUCCUGGUGAUGCAAACAUUCACGGAGCGGUAAUUACCGACUUUCAAAUGGGAGGCACAACAACCGAUUGACUGACACAGGACUCCAUGAGGUGGAAGCAUUUUCAGAUUUUUUUAAAUUCAUCAAAAAGACAAGAUGUUUGCUGCCAUUAGAUCCUGCUCGGUUAGUAGAAGAGGGUAAAAUCUGCAGGUCCUUGGACAGUCUAUAUGAAGAUAAGGAAAGAUUCCCAAUUACAUGACUUCACGAUGCAGUACUUGAAUUGCUCUACUGAAUGUCCCCGUGAUUUUAAUAGAUGCGCACACUUGUGAAUGUGUACACUCGUGAAUGCUGAUCAGUGCCAAGGGCAUAGGAAUCCAAGUGUCACAUAUUUACUGCAGGUUGUCCAAAUCUGUGAGGGCAGAAUAAAUGUUUGCCCCCAUAUCAUUGUGUUAAAAACAAGUAUGUAUUUUGAAGGUAAUUAGCUAAACGCUGUUUGUAAAUACAUGUGACGUGCUGUAUUGUUAGAGUGUGGCUAGUUUGAACCUGCUUGUAUCAUUUAUGGUGUGGGACAUUUUUCGCCAGAGGGAGAACAAACUUGUGUGGGGUUUUACAGUGUAUGUGACUAGUGUACUUAAUCUGAUAAUCUGAAUGUUGUAUUUAAAUGUUUUGUCACCAUUGAAAUGAUACAAAUUUUGAAAUACUGUUGUGUGUAUAUUGCAGUGUCUUGACAAUUCAGAAUUCUGUAAAUAUGAUAUGAAUGACAGACA